UGGUCAACUAGCCCGAUAGUGUUUGCCAUCGCAUGGGACAUUCGGGAUAAAUCCAUGGAGCCGGUAUAGAGUAAGCCGAACGUCAUCGGGACAUACGGGGAAUUGGCGACUUGUCUCUCAGCGCAAGGGCCAACACCCACCACUUUGGUAAUUCUAGUAUCUCUUAAUCAUUGCUGGGGUUCUGUGUUCUUGUCUCAUCUUACCUUAUUGGCGGAGUGUAAUCGUCAUAUCAGAUUUCCCCAACACAAUUAUGAAAGUCGACAUUGCCAAAGUACACGAGAUCUGGCCCCAGUGCUACGAGAAGCUAUCACCACAAUCUGCGAAUUUACCCAUCUUGGACGCGUGGUAUGCCUACCGUCGCACAGUUCCAACGAUAUAUCUCUUCAAGAAACCGAAACAGCCUCCACAAGACCUCGUAGCGCGCCUUACUGCAAGUCUUUCUAAGACACUCGAUAUCUACCCACGCUUUGUUGGAACGUUGGAAACCGGUAAACCCUCGGGCGCACAGGAGUGCGAACAGAAGUACCAGCGAACCACUGUCAAAUGGGGUUGUUCCAGCGAUAAGGCAGUAGAGUUCAUUGAAGCGAGCACGAAAUCGCGCAUUCGCAGCCUCCUUCCACCUGCCGCUCCGAACGAAUUGACAUUCUUAUGGGACUAUACCCCCUCCUCUGUCCGCGCCCUGUUUCCGACGCCUUCCUCUCAGCCUCCUGGCAUUCAGAUCCAAUUCACGGCGUUCGCAUGCGGCGGAUUCAGUCUCGGCAUCGACUUUGAACAUGGCUUGGCUGAUGGUUAUACGGCGGCAAAGUUUCUAGAAAGCUGGUCUUCGACUUACGGACAGAUGUUUCAUGGCGAGAACGACGGGACCCAGAACCCGCCGUCAUGGCAGCCACAGAUAUUCAGUGAGCAACUUGCUGAGAUCGACCUAGAUGAACAUGGCCCUGCGCUCCUUGAGAAAGCUCGCGAACUUCCCACACGAGGCCCGUAUCGCCGUACACUGAAUCCAAAUGGCUCAGACGCCGCGCAGAACCCGGAACCGGAGACCAUAUACAACUACCUCUUGCACAUACCAGCCACGGAAGUCGAGCACAAGAUCAAAGAACUACAGUCAAAAGGUUCAAUGCGUCUAACCGAUCAGGCGGUACUGAUUGGCUUCUUCUGGGCGUGUCUCAACCGAGCUCGCGGUCAUGUCCAGCGGCCGCCAGUCGAUCUACAUCUUUCGAGCAGCUUCCGCUGGCUCCUAGGAGUACGUGACGGACUGCUGGGGUCCCCAUACGUCAACGUUAUGAUCUCUCCUGAUGCCGAGAGCAAGCCCGCCAACGCCACAGAUCCCAUCAACCUGGCCAUGAAAGUCACGGAGACCCUUGGCCAGUAUGAUGACAACGCAAUGCAUGCAAUCACCUACGAUGCGACAUUCAGAGAUAGUCCUUCGCGCACCUUUGCGUUCAAAGGAGGGGAUGAACAUCUUAUUUUCAGCUCAGUUGCUCACUUGGGAUACGACAAGUUCCACUUGGGACCGAUCAGCCCGUCAUUUUAUAUCCCGUCGUCUUCCAUACCUAACCUCUUCGUCCUGACAGAGGCUGUACCCAGUGGUGAGGCGGUUGGUAAUACCUGGUAUAAGAAUGGGCUUCACUUGUUCUUGAACAUCGGUGAGGAGAUCUUUGAAGCUUUUGCGUCUGAUCCGGCAUUGGGGGGUUGCGAAGUGUAUCAGGAUGUUUGAGAAGAGGAAUGGGGUAGGGCCGGUUCGCCUUAUUGUUCGUGGUUCUUUUACUUGCUGCUUGAUCUAGGGCAACAAAAUUAGC